GGUCGGGCUGGGCCGGCCGGGGCGGGGCGCGCGGCUGCACCCGGCGGCGAUGGCGGCGGACGGGGACUGGCAGGAUUUCUAUGAGUUCCAGGAGCCGGCCCGGAGCCUCCAGGACCAGGAAAACUGUAACGCGAGCCCCGAGGCCGGGGCCGGGGCGUGCGGGGGCGGCGACGGCUUCCCGGCGCUGGCCUGCAGCUUGGAGGAGAAGCUGAGCCUAUGUUUCCGCCCCCCGGGUCCGGGCGCCGAGCCCCCGCGGGCGGCCGUGCGGCCCAUCACCGAGCGCAGCCUCCUGCAGGGGGACGAGAUUUGGAACGCCCUGACAGAUAAUUAUGGAAACGUGAUGCCUGUAGACUGGAAGUCCUCGCAUACUAGGACCUUGCAUUUGCUUACUCUGAACCUCUCAGAAAAAGGGGUAAGUGACAGUUUGCUCUUUGAUACCUCAGAUGACGAGGAGCUGAGAGAACAGCUGGAUAUGCAUUCGAUCAUCGUCUCCUGUGUUCACGAUGAACCCCUCUUCACCGCAGAUCAGGUUAUUGAAGAAAUUGAAGAAAUGAUGCAGGAAUCACCGGACCCAGAAGAUGACGAAACCCCCACACAGUCAGAUCGGCUUUCAAUGCUUUCCCAGGAAAUUCAAACUCUUAAGAGGUCUAGCACAAGCAGUUAUGAAGAGAGAGUAAAAAGGCUCUCAGUGUCUGAAUUAAAUGAACUGCUAGAGGAAAUCGAGACUGCCAUUAAGGAGUACUCUGAGGAGCUGGUGCAGCAGUUGGCCCGGCGAGAUGAACUGGAGUUUGAAAAGGAAGUGAAAAACAGCUUUAUUUCUGUUCUUAUUGAAGUGCAAAACAAACAGAAAGAACACAAAGAAACAGCCAAAAAGAAAAAGAAACUCAAAAAUGGCAGCUCUCAGAAUGGGAAGAGCGAGAGAAGUCAUAUGCCUGGCACAUAUUUGACAACAGUCAUUCCUUAUGAGAAAAAAAAUGGACCACCAUCUGUUGAAGAUCUUCAAAUAUUAACAAAAAUUCUUUGUGCCAUGAAGGAGGACAGUGAAAAAGUUCCGAGCUUAUUAACUGAUUAUAUACUGAAAGUUCUGUGUCCCACAUAGAUGGAGCAGCAUUACUCCGGGAGCAGCUUUAUCUUCUGUGGACCGCGAGCUGGAUUUCCUAUAGCAUUAUUCUGAAAGCAGGCAACCAUUACCUUCUUGCUAUUGGAAACUUGGCACACUUGAACUUGGGUUUGUGAUUCAGUAUUAAUAGAUCAUGACUUCAUUAAUUCUUUAUAUUAUAGAACUGAGAGAAAUGUGAGCACUAUUUCUUAUCCUAGAGAUGGUUUUUGUUCAAUCUACUACUAAUCAUGAACGGUUCUCUUAGUAGAGUAAGGGAGAGUAGUAUUAAUUGUGCAUGUAACAGUUACAUUUUUCAUUAACUGACAGUAUGCCCAUUUGAGUUUUUAUGGCUUUCUACAUCUAAACAGCACUGAAGAACUAGAUUAAAGCAGUGGGAGAUUUAUACUGUAAAUUGAGUGAUGGUAAGAACCAGCACUGACUUUUAUGAGAACUGUCAGUAUACGUAUUACCUACCAGUAUUGUCCAGAGAGACUGAAUCUUAACAAACUUGGGCUGUUCUUGAAGCAGCAAAACCAGAAUAUGCAUUACUUUGGCUUUUAAUACUUGGGAUCGAAACUGUCCAAGAUGACUGAUUUUAUAGCUUGCUUUUUUUUUAACCAUUGUUCGAAUUUUAGCCAUUAAGUUGCUAUUCACUUUCGGAGUCUUAUUUAACUUUAGAUGUUUAAAUGUUUCCUGUGUCUGUGAAGUGUACUUUAAAAGGAGUUUGUAUCCUUUAAGGUGCUUAAGAAUCUGUGCUACAGCACUGCCCACUUCCCAUCCUUGCAUUUUAUUUUAUUCAUGCCUGUGCAUUUUCCUAAAGUACUAAUUCUAGAAACAGCUACUCAUGGAUGUAUCAUUGGUCAUGAGCACAUUUGCCAGUUCCGGUCAAGUCAAUGGCAUUUAAUAAAUUUAAAAAAAAGCAAUAUAUGCCUGAAAGCCUUA